AUCGCUGUGUGUGACGUCACUUUCGGGUGCCGACAACCCGCUCAGCCUUUGGACUGGAAGAGUGUGAUAUCAGUGUGUGUCAUUCUCUGCUCCAGGCUGAGCUGCUUCUUCCACUGGCCUGCAUACACAAACCAUGCUGUCUUUCGCUGUGAGACAACUAGCCCGGCCUCUGUGCCAACGUGCCCCAGCACGCAUCUGUGUCCGUGGGCAACAGUCCCACGCCGCCAGUCGCCCCGUGGAUGAAGACCGGCCUUGGACGGGCCAGGAAAGUCUGUCUCAGGACGACCCGGAGAUGUGGGACCUGCUGCUGAAGGAGAAGGACAGGCAGUGUCGCGGCUUGGAGCUCAUUGCAUCCGAGAAUUUCUGCAGCCGAGCUGCUCUGGAGGCUCAAGGCUCCUGUCUCAACAACAAAUACUCUGAAGGCUACCCGGGGAGAAGGUACUAUGGUGGAGCAGAGGUGGUGGAUCAAAUUGAGCUCCUGUGCCAAAAGCGAGCCUUGGAUGCUUUCGACUUGGACCCGGAAAAAUGGGGGGUGAACGUCCAGCCGUAUUCUGGCUCCCCAGCCAACUUUGCUGUCUACACCGCCGUGCUUAACCCCCACGACCGUAUCAUGGGCCUGGACCUUCCUGAUGGAGGACACCUGACCCAUGGCUACAUGUCAGAUGUGAAGAGGAUCUCGGCAACCUCCAUCUAUUUUGAGUCCAUGCCCUACAAGCUCAAUCCCGCGACAGGACUCAUCGACUACGACCAGAUGGAGAUGACGGCCAAGCUGUUCAGGCCCAAGCUCAUCAUCGCUGGCACCAGCGCCUACGCCCGCCUCAUUGACUACGCCCGCAUCAAGAAGCUGUGCACGGACAUCAAGGCCUACAUGCUGGCUGACAUGGCUCACAUCAGCGGACUGGUGGCAGCCAAAGCCAUCCCUUCCCCUUUCGAGCACGCUGACCUGGUCUCCACCACCACACACAAAUCCCUCCGAGGAGCCAGAGCUGGUCUCAUCUUCUUCCGUAAGGGCGUCCGCUCCGUGGACAAGAAGGGGAAGGAGAUCAUGUACGACCUGGAGGACAAGAUCAACUUCUCGGUGUUCCCGUCCCUGCAGGGUGGACCUCACAACCACGCCAUCGCUGGUGUAGCUGUGGCACUCAGACAGGCUCAGUCUCCUAUGUUUAAGGAGUAUAUUGCCCAAGUUCUUAAGAAUUCCAAGGCCAUGGCUUCUGCUCUCCUCAGCAAAGGCUACACCCUGGUAUCAGGGGGCACCGAAAACCACCUGGUUCUGGUAGAUCUGCGACCCAAGGGCAUUGACGGCGCCCGGGCAGAACGGGUCCUGGAACUGGUUUCAAUCACUGCCAACAAGAACACCUGCCCUGGGGACAAGAGCGCCCUCACUCCUGGAGGCCUCAGGCUCGGCGCUCCAGCUUUGACAUCCAGGCAGUUCAAAGAAGCGGAUUUUGUUCAAGUGGUGGAGUUUAUGGACGAGGGCUUCCAGAUUGCCUUGGAUGUGAAGAAAAAGACAGGAAAGCUCCAGGACUUCAAGAACUUCUUGCUGGAGGACCCCGAGACAGUGGCCCGAAUUGCCGGUCUGCGCCACCGCGUGGAAGAAUUUGCCAGGCCUUUUCCCAUGCCGGGCUUCCAUGACCAUUAGGGUCUUUAGAGAUGCAGCUGGACACAAUCCUUUCUUUUAGAAAAAAUAAAAUAAAAAUUAAAAAAAACAAGGCUUAAAAAAAAACGAGGCCUCUUAACAAUAACAUUUUUCAGAUUUCAUAGAAGAGAUGAACCUAUUUUCUAUAGUUUUUUUUGUGUUUACAUGGACCUGUCAAACUCAAACACUGACAUUCAAUUUGUCCACUACUAAGUCUUAAUGUUUUGGAAUUCUUAAUGUUUGAGAGCACACCGUUAUGACAUUAAAUGUGUUUUACAAUAUCACGCAGUGGUACGAAAGCUACAUGAUUUAUGAGGCCAUUUAUGAUCUACAAAGAGCACUUGUAGAGCUCUAAUUAUUUAAAAAAAAAACAUCCAAAACUAUUUAUCCCACAAAUGCUCAAGAUCCAUAAUGUUAAACAAGGUUUUUCAUACAUUUUGUAUGAACCUUGUAACAAAAGAAUUACUGGAAUAAAUCCUAACUUAACAUUCAGUGUAGAUAAACAUGUUAUUUUUAUUAAUAAUAGCCAUAACAGCAAGAAUUAAUUUUCAAUUUAAAGAAAGGCAUUUAUUUACUUUCUCCUUUUGAGUAUGGUCUUUCUUUGAGGACAACUUCAAGGUUGUGUUUUACAAUGUGAUUUUUUUUUUCUAUGUAGUUGACAGGUGACCAUAAUCACUGCAUCAGUGAGCAAAUCAGGUUUCUCUGUGUUCAUUUACGGUAGGACCAAUGUUUCUACCAUUCUUUGCAAAGCAUCUCCAGGCCGCCUAAUUACCGUAUGUGAAACUAGAAUAGCAUACAUGUUGGCGAAUCCGCCAGUGUCUGCUGUUGUCUUUAUCCCUGAUAUUGUCUAAACAGACUAAACCUCAUUUGAAUUACUAUAAAUAAAGUCAUACAAAAUAAAAA